AUGUUGCCUCGUUCAUCAUCAUUUACCUCGACGGACGCCGAAUCGAUUCAGAUCAAUGUUAAAUCGACAAACAACGCAGCCUUUCGUCAUCACGAAUCUAUGCAAAACCUUCGACCAACACGUCCAAUGCUUUCUCGUCCACUAAACAUCGAAAAUAACAAUCAGCAGAAUGUCAAACGAGUGGCAACCGGUACUACUCUUCUCCCUACGCAUAAUUUACCCGUCAACGUAGUAAUCAACGAGAAAAAGUCAGAACUACAGGUUGAGGCGAUCAAACGAACCGUCGUUCAGGAUGAUAUUGAAAACAUUCAAGAACGUCUCAAUGAAAUGCUAAUUGUUGCUCCAACAGCAACUAAUGAAACGAUGUUAUUACCGGCAGAACAAGUGUCGACGACGGAAUAUUUCACUCCAAAGAUUUCGAUUGAUGAUAGCGGAAGAAAGAAAGGUGACGAACAGGAUAGUCGAUUAAUCCACGAAGAGAAUUCAAGUGAUGAUGAAGACGAUCUUUAUCCAAUGGUGAAUGGAGCAGAAUCUUCGUCACAUCCAUUUUUCGAUGUUCUAUCGACGACUUCGUAUGAAAGAGAAGUGAUGAAGUACUUACUCAGUCUCGAAGCACGUUUUAUGGAGGAAAAUGAAAAAUUGCGUUCAUCAAAACGCUUCCGCGAGUCAACGAAUAGUUUAAAACCAGUGAAAGGCAUACCCAUACCUGGUACAAAUUCAACAGUAGUAAUCACACCGAAAGUUCGAUGUAAACUUAUCGAUUGGAUCAUUUCUGUUCACGAUUAUCAUCGAUUAAACGCAGCUAUUCUCUGUCGAACAAUUCACUUAAUCGAUCGAAUUCUCUUACUAAAUGAUCAAAUGACUAAACUCGAUUUACAACUUCACGCAGUGAACUGUUUUACAAUUGCUUGUAAACUCGAAUCACGUCGUGUACCUGACACGAAUUCUCUACUUUCAUUAUUCGAUGCUCGACAUCAUGUCACUUCGAUUCUUUUAAAUCACGGAGAGAAACAUUUAUUAACACAACUGGAUUUUGAACUUGAAUAUCCAUUAGCAAUUCAUUUCCUUUGUUAUUAUCUUCGAUUUUUACCUUUUCAUUUCAUAAUCUAUUCGUUAUCCAAAUACAUGAUUGAAUGUGUUCUUUGUGAUGACACGCUUUCGGAGCAAAUGCCGGGAUCGUUGUUAGCUGCUGCGUCAUUAUUAUUAGCAUUGAAAUUAACUUGUCAGAUCGAUAAACCUCAAGUUCUCAAGCGUUUCUAUAAACAUCAACCAUAUCAACCUGAUGAUUUAAAUAAACGUGUCGAACAAAUUCUCAAGUUAAUGCAACAUGUUCCACGAUCAGUUUAUCAUGCAAAUGUUCGAGAGAAAUACAAACGUAGUGAAUUUGAUCGCGUCGCGAAUUAUCAAUACAGUCAGGAUCUUGUGAUACCUAUUCCAGAAAAUGGGAAAUAA